UGUUUUAUCUUUUUUCUUGGAUCCAAAAUUUCAUCAAAUUUGUUCAUAUGGAACAAAAGAUUUGCAUUGUGACAAUGGACAGACUGUCACCAUACCCCAAGUAGUGAGAACAACAUGCCACUCCUCUCUCCUACAAAUGUACAAGUCAUACUGCUCUGAAACAGGUUUUGUUCCUUUGUCAGAUUCUACUCUCUACAAAAUUCUGUCUACAUGCUCUGCAAGUAAGAGAACCAACCUAACAGGUCUAGACAACAUUGCCACUGAUGGUGCUGCAGCUGUAGAUGACCUAAUAAAAAUGUGUGACCAAUUAAAAGGAUUAGGAUCUGAAACAAAUACAGUUGCCAAUCUCACCACUGCCUUAAAAUCCCUAAAGAUGUACCUCAAGUCAGAAUAUAAAUUUAGCGUGGGACUAUCUAGUGGAUGCCAAGAUCAUUGUUUGAAGUUUGCUUUGAGUCACCCAACCAAUGUGCUGUUGCAGGAAGAAUGUGAUCAUUCCCAUGAAGAAAUUUGUGGAAAAUGCAACAUCCUCAAUGAAAUAAACAGUGCCUUGUUUAAUGAAAUCCAAAAUAUCAGAACAUCUGACGUAGCAGAAGAGUUAGCAUUAACAGCAGAGAAAGCUCUUGAGAAAAUAUCAGAUUGGAAAGCCCACAUACUAAGGACUCAGAACCAAGAAGAGGGUAGAUAUAGAGCAUUAGAAGAGCUGCAGCCACACCAACUUCUGAUUAUUAUGGACUGGGCAAUGAAGUUCCUUCCUGCACUUUAUAGAGAAAAGCAGUCAGAUUUUUUUGGACAAAAAGGCAUGAGCUGGCAUGUUUCUGUUGCUAUAUUUAGAGCAGAAGAUGGAUCUUUGAAGCACAAGACAUUCAAUCACAUUUUUGGAGCAGUGAGGCAAGAUUGGUUUGCUGUUGCAUCAGCCAUCGAGCACAUCCUAAAGAGUAUAAGAGUACAAAUGCCUGGAAUUGAAGAAGUUUUUUUACGAAGUGACAAUGCAGGUUGCUAUCACUGUGGGUGCCUGUGGCUGAGCAUGCAUGGAAUUAGUGAAAGAACAGGUAUCAGCAUUGUACGCUAUGACUUCAGUGAACCUCAGGCAGGAAAAAGUUAUUGCGAUGCCAAAAUUGCCCAUAUGCGAUCCAAAUUAAGGAUGUUUGUUUCAUCUGGAGAAAAUGUAACAACACCAUUUGACAUGAAGAAGGCAAUAAUGGAUGGAAGUGGUGUAGCAGGAUGUCAAUGUGCAGUUGUGGAAGUUGACAGGAAAAACCAGACAAUGACUAGUCAUUGCAUCAAGGGAAUCACCAACAUUAAUAAUCUUGCCUUUGAAGGAGAUGAUAUCAUUGCCUGGCACAGUUUUAGUAUUGGUAUUGGUAUCAAGAUAAAAAGAGAAGAUGUCUUGAAAAGUGAGCAGCUUGACACAGGACUCAUCAUACUGUCUAACUUUGAAGAACCAUCAAAAAACUAUGGUGUGAUCUCUCACAUAAAAAACUGUUCAGUUACACCAACCAGUAUUUUCCACUGUUCUGAAUUAGGCUGUAAUCAGCAGUUUUCCUCAUACCAAAUACUUCAAGAGCAUAUUCUUCUGGAUAGACAUGUUCAAGAGAAAACAUCAACUUAUGAUGCUCUACGACAUCAUUGGUCCGAGUUGUGUAAUUCCAAUUUGUUCAUUUCUAAACAGCUGGUGCAAAUAGGCAGAGAUCACCAUACCCUUGUGAAGAAUUCAUCAGUAGAGAAGCUUCAACAAGGAUGGGCACUGAAAAAAACAAGGAAAUUUGCACGCUUCUCUUCCAAAGUGAAAGAUUUUCUCCAUAGAGUUUUUCAAGAGGGCGAAGAAUCAGGUAGGAAAGCAAUUCCUGUUGAAGUAUCUCAACGUAUGAAAUCUUUGCGAAACAGCACUGGAGAGAAGUUUUUCAAUCCCGAUGAAUGGCUGCAGCCUUCUCAGAUUAACUCCUUUUUUUCAAGACUUUCUCUGAAUGCAAAAGCCAAGGAUAUCAAGGAUGAACCAGAAGAAGAUGACCAUCUGCGAGAAAUACUGCAGUCAAUAUAUGAGGAAGAAGAAAGAGACAGCAUUAGAGAUGCCAUGACCUUAGAACUUGACAGUCCAAUAUGAUUGUUUAAACUUGUAAAUGUAGAAAUAUUGGUGCUGUCUUUCAAUGAUUGUUGGUUUGUUUAGAUAAUGUCUGUAUGUACAUCUAACAUGCAUGGAAUCAUAAAUGAUAUGUGGCAAAACCUAGGUGUAUUUUUAUAUGUAUUCUUUCAGCUUCUGUGGUUGUCAUGGCAAUAACAGUUGUGAUAAUGCAUAGAUAUCUAAAAAGUAGAUUUCAAAAGAAAGGAAAUAUACAUGUGGGUUAUUUUUUUGUAUUAAUUUUUAUCAAUUUUAAAGAAUUAAAAUGAAAAAAAGCUAAACUUUAAUUUGCUCACAGUCAUAAUUACUAGCUAAUAGACUCUUUGUGAUUUUGAAAUAUUCCUUGUUGAAACAUAUUAGCACAGGACUUUACUUUGAUUUAUAUAUAGAUAUACACGUGAAAAGUCAUUUCUGCUUCAACUCUUCCUGUAGUCAUUAUGCUGCCAUGGUAACAGAAAUUUACAAUUUAUCUAAAUUUUGAAUUCUGAGGAUUGGCAUUCUCAAUUCUGUAUAUUUGAAAUUAAUGAAUGUUUCGUUUAAUAUCUCAGUUUGAUCUUUUAAAUAUUUGACAAAAUUUUAUUUUACUCAAAUACAGAUUGUGAUGAUAUUUUUUGUUGCUAAGGUAAAAGAGUAAUACUAAGAUUCCAAAUGCUUUAAAUCAAGUUUAAGAUAUGUAUUUUCCUUGCUACAUGUAUAUGCUCAAAAUUUUUUUAACUUGUGCGGCUAACUGAAAUAUGCUCCCAAAAUGUAAAAAUUUAAGUUGUAUUUUUUAAGGCAAUUUUUUGGAUAUUUCGUUGCCAUAGUAACAGUUUGAUAGUUAAUAAGUCACCAGUUUUAUCUGUAUUUUGUCAUUUUUAGGAUGUGUACUUUCUAUCUUAUAUGCUCUAUUUCUUUUUAAACUUGUAUUCAUUAUUAGCAGUAUGUCCACAAAAUGUAACAAUUUUUGGUUUUUUGAUGAAAACGAUAUUUUGGGAAAUUUUAUUGACAUGGUUACCAAAUGCUUUUUAAAAACCCAUCGGUUUUAUCUAAAGUUUUAAAUGUUCAAGGUGUGUACUUUCUAUUUUAGGUAUUAAGAUUUCUUUGACAAGUGUUAUUUUUCCACAACAUCUUUCCAAAAUAUGAUGAUAGGUAGUGUAUAUGUAAAAUUUGAAUUUUCAUGUAGUUUCAUCGCCAUGGUAACACAUUAUGUAUUUAAAAACCCAUGAAUUUUAUCUUAAAAGUGUUUUGUAAGGGAUGUGUACUUUUUAUCCUCUGUGCUCAAAAUUUUGGCACAUGUGGCAUUUUUACGUAUUAUGCCCUUGAAAAUGUUUGAUUCUGAGGAAAAACCUUAAUGACGAUUUCUUAAAAAACAACAUGUUUUUAACUUAUUUUUACCAUUUGUUGGAAAGGUAGAAUAAUAUUGUUAUUAUGAUUAACAGUGAAUAUAUUGGGCCAUAUUUACAGAAACAAAAAUAAAAUUUGUAUAGUUUUGUUUAA